UCUGGCCCCUGGGCCUUUCAAAUUCUCAAAAUUUUCGUGGUCCCUUUAUCUGAUUACAAAUAUUCUGACAUGGAGCGAAGAAAACUUCGGCUCUAGUUCAAGUGUCCUUAUCUUCCGGUAUCACCUUUUGCCCGUGCGUGCCACCAUGGCCAUAGACGAACAGCCAACUUUGAAACAGCGAUAAUCGUUUAUUCUGAAACGUCCACUUCUCGAGAUUUUAUUUGAGUCUAGAGUUCUGAGUUUUUUAGAGUCUUUCUUUCUAGAGUCUUUUCCCCCCAUUUCCUUGCUUUACAUCAGUAAUUUUGCAAAUGGCACUUGACGAGUCAACAAAAAAGAGUUUGAAGCAGAUUCCCUUGCUAAAGACAAAUGCGGGUCCAAGAGGAAUACAAUUGUCUUAUUACUUUUAUAAACAAUAACAAAGCAAAUGAUUCAGAUUGGUUUAGAUUAGAAUCUAAUUCGGAUGGGACAAGAUGGUUUGGAAAAUGUUGGACAUAUCACGAUAAAAUUAAAUAUGAAUUCGAUAUUGAGUUUGACCUUCCUGUUACAUACCCAAAAACUGCACCAGAAAUCGGUUCAAAUGUUCUAACAGUUUAUUUUAUUUUUUUAGCACUACCUGAAUUGGAUGGAAAAACUGCUAAAAUGUACAGAGGUGGAAAAAUUUGUUUGAGCGAUCAUUUUAAACCGCUCUGGUCUAGAAAUGCUCCAAAAUUUGGAAUAGCACAUGCUCUUUCACUUGGAUUGGGACCUUGGAUGGCUGUUGAAAUUCCGGAAAUGAUUGAGAGAGGGACAAUAACGAAACCUUAG